UCAACACACAAAACAUAAAUGAGUAAUUGUAAAAAUCUAUAAUAUUUAAUCUAAAAAAGAAUCAAUAACAGUGUUGUAAAGACAUUAGAUUAUUAAAGGCCUAUAAAGCCCACAUAUCGACCAGAACAGAGACUUUUGACCCUGAACCAGUAGAUCCUGCACCAGUAGAGGGGGAUCAGGGCUGUGUGGGUUAACAGCAUCAUAGCCAUAUAAUCACCCACCCCCUUUCAUAUCGUCAGAGAUGCAGUGUAGUCAGACGGCCAUUGCAGCAGCAUCAAGAGAGUGUAGGAAAUGUCGCAAAUGAACAUCGGACAGAAGGUGGAGAAUCUGCAAGCGAAGAUAAGCGCGCCCAGGCGUUCAUCCAGCGGCGAUUUAUGGGGAAAAGAGAAUUUGAAUAGGCCCUUUUGGGUUGAUGACUGGCCAUAAAACACAGGCGGGAGAGAUGAGAAAGGACGAAACAAAGGGAGGAGUAAAAGAGAGAGAGUAAAAUGGUGGUAGAUAAAGCACAAGACGGGGCCAUGAGCUCUGCACCACCUUACGACUCACUACCAGCUCGGCCAAGCCCCUGCCGUGCAAAAGAGUGGGAAAGAGAGCUGCACGGUGCUCAAAGACUGUCGUCCCCACUUCGACCGGCUCUACCUUCUGUUUCCCGGCGUCCUUCAGCGCUCCCUGGAUAUCUGCUCUCACCCUCCCGAGAGUACGCUGACCAACAGCAACGUCUUUCGUUAUCGCUGUGCUCAGAGACCUCGCUGGCGCCUCCUGUGCCUGCAGUGGGCGCUGCUCCACCGUGCUGCCGGGCGGUGGGAGUCAUGCCCUUGUUGCGCCUUGCGCUCCUGAUUUUCAGCUUCCUUUUUUGGGCAGCAGGUCUUGCGAUCUUCACCUUAGGGGUCUGGGCACAGGCUUCGCUGUCCGACUACAUGCUACUCUCUGCGAACCGCUACCCAAAUGCACCCAUCAUCUUGUUAGGCACAGGUGCUACUGUGACUGCUUGGGGCUUUUUGGGAUGCUUGGGAGUGGCUGCCAACCUUCCCUACCUACUGCGGGCAUACAGCUUCUUCCAGUUGGCCACACUCAUGGGUGGACUAGCGGCGGGUCUCUCUGGGCUCUUUUACAGGGAGGAUAUUGCUGAAGGUUUCCGUAGUGGCCUUAAGAAAGCGGUGUUAGACUACGGAGAAGAUGAGGGCCGUGCAGAUGCACUUGACAGCCUGCAGAGAGCGCUUGAAUGCUGUGGCGCUGAGGGUUGGCGCGAUUGGCUCAUGUCCGAUUGGGCUCUUCAAGAUAUUGUUUACUCAACAAGAGGUUUGGGGAAUGAUUCUUCUGUGUCAUUGCCAGACAGUUGCUGUAUAAAACGAAAAGGCUGUCGCAAUAGGCCGUUGCCAGAGAGUGUAUUCGAGAACAUCGAGCUUGCAGGGAUUCAUUCACAUGGUUGUUUUCGCAAAGUCUUCAGCUUGGUAAAUGACAACGUCUUUCAUAUUGCAGCAACAGUCCUAGGCCUUGCUUUCACCCAGGUGGCAGGUAUAGCCCUUGCAUGUCUGCUUGCCAAUCGUCUUUCGCCCAGACUGAGAAGACAAGCCCGUUGAAAUAAAAAUGCAUCAUGACUUUGCCUCAUUUAGGCUUUCAUGUACUUGCUGCAGAUCUUCAAGUUGAGAUUAGUAUUUAUGGAAGACCAGCAAACAUUUUUUGGAAAAAUGCAACAAUUGCAAAUGCUAGUGUGUCAUAAACAUUAGAUUAAAUGUUUAAGUUAAAAAAAUAUCAUCUUAUAUAUAAUACUUUCUUAUAUAUAUAUAUAAUACUAUUGCAUGCCUCUGAAUGACUUGUUUUUGUCCAGUAGUCCCUGUAGCUUUCAAUACUGCCUGAAAUGUUAUGUGUAAAAGAUUAGAAAUUGUCUAUGUGUUUUUCAUUUGUAUUCUGUAAAUUGUUUUUCUAUUAAUGACCCACUAGAUCAGUGGUUCCCAACCGUUGUGCCGCGGCACUAAGGGGUGACGUGAGAUCUUUUGAGGGUGCCGCCAAAAUUUCAACAAAAUUUUUUUAUUAAGGCA